AGUGUGAACUAUGAGUGGUCAAAAGAAAGUUGCUUGCAAGGGAACUUACGAUGAAUACGUUUAAAGCAUCAAUAUUAGAGGCAUUCCUUUGGUUGAGCUUGUAUAUCAUUGAAGCUCGAACCAGCUGUUAAACAACCAGAUUAUAAAACCUGGUGUUUUGUAACGUCGUGUUUGGAAACGUGACUCCCAGUCAGCGCUAGAGGGACAUAAGGACAGGCAGGCAGGGAGACACAGCUCUGAUACCGACAGAAGAUACUCUUUAAACAUACAACUAUUGCUGCUCUAUGAAACACGACCACCAUGUCUGCCUCCCGUACAGUCAUAUGUUUACUGAGAAACGACCUAAGGCUCCACGACAACGAGCUUUUCCACUGGGCUCAAAGAAAUGCAGAGCACAUAGUGCCACUGUACUGCUUUGACCCCAGACACUAUGUGGGAACGUACAACUACAAUCUGCCAAAGACCGGACCUUUCCGUCUGCGCUUCUUACUGGAGGGUGUCAGAGACCUCAGAAACACUUUGCUUAGCAAGGGCAGCAACUUGGUGGUGAGACAGGGUAAGCCAGAGGAGGUUGUUGCUGACCUCAUCAAGCAGCUGGGCUCUGUCAGCACUGUUGCUUUCCAAGAAGAGAUAACCUCAGAGGAACUGAGUGUGGAGAAACGAGUGAAAGAUGUGUGUGCACAGAUGAAGGUCAAAGUUCACACCUUCUGGGGGUCUACUCUGUACCACAGAGAUGAUCUGCCUUUUCCUCACAUGGCCAGGCUUCCUGAUGUUUACACACAGUUCAGGAAGGCAGUGGAAACCCAGAGCAGAGUGAGGCCUUUGUUCCCCACACCUGAGCAGCUGAAGCCCCUCCCCCAAGGGCUUGAGGAGGGAGCUAUUCCUGCAGCCGAGGACCUGCAACAGACAGAGCCUGAGAAUGAUCCCCGCUCAGCCUUCCCCUGCAGUGGCGGUGAGAGUCAGGCUUUGGCUAGACUCAAACACUAUUUCUGGGACACUAAUGCAGUUGCAACUUACAAGGACACUCGUAACGGCUUGAUUGGUGUGGAUUAUUCCACUAAAUUUGCACCCUGGCUGGCGAUGGGUUGCAUUUCACCCAGGUAUAUUUAUCAUCAGAUCCAGCAGUACGAGAGGGAACGAACAGCCAAUCAGAGCACAUACUGGGUCAUCUUUGAGCUUCUGUGGAGGGAUUACUUCAAGUUUGUUGCUGUCAAAUUCGGCGACAAACUGUUUCAAGUCGAAGGACUCCUUGACAAAUCAGUGCCGUGGAAAACAGACAUGAAGCUUUUCAACGCAUGGAAAGAGGGACGGACUGGAGUGCCCUUUGUGGAUGCCAACAUGAGAGAGCUGGCCAUGACGGGCUUCAUGUCCAACAGGGGGCGGCAGAAUGUUGCAAGUUUUCUUACAAAAGAUCUGGGCCUGGACUGGAGGAUGGGAGCUGAGUGGUUCGAGUAUCUUCUGAUUGACCACGAUGUCUGCAGCAACUAUGGUAACUGGCUUUACAGCGCUGGCAUCGGAAACGACCCCAGAGAGAACCGAAAGUUCAACAUGAUCAAGCAAGGCCUCGAUUAUGACAACAAUGGUGACUAUGUGCGACGGUGGGUCCCUGAGCUGCAGGGGAUCAAAGGAUCUGAUGUGCACUCACCUUGGACCCUCAGCACUGCUGCACUGUCACAUGUACAAGUGUCCCUCGGUGAGACCUACCCCACCCCUAUUGUCAUGGCGCCUGAGUGGAGCAGGCAUGUGAACAAGAAGCAGAGUGGAGCAGGACCCUCACCAAGAGGAAAGAAAGGCCCAUCCCACACUCCAAAACAGCAUCGAGACAGAGGCAUAGAUUUCUACUUCUCCCGAAGCAAAAACCUGUGAUCUUUUUUAUAAAGCAAAAGAACCAACUAAUGCCUCGAUGACGGAAGCUCCAGUGAUGCAAAUCUGGACUGUUUCUGUACAAUCUGAGUUCCACGUUGACGUAUUGGCAGGGGGAAGUUGUUUGUUGAGGAUUGGAGGAAAUGCAUGGAUGUUCUAACACUUGAAUACUUGAGCUUAAUUUAUCUUUACAUGUCAUCAAUUCUUUGGAAGAGUCAACCUCAUGAAACACCCUCAUUUUUUGUAUUUCCUGUUAUGCUGCAGAAACACUGAAAACCACAAUGUGGUUUUAAGUUUUGAGAACCAGUUACUCCAAACAAAUCUGCUUAUGAUUUUGGAAGGUUUGUCUUGUAAAUGUCUCCUGUUUCUUACAAAAUUAGCUUUUCUGGUGUUAGUUUUCAGAGUUGUUCCUAUUUAUGGCUGUUUCUUAAUAAAGCAGAGUUAUUUCAUGUGA